AGAGAGGAACUCACAGCCAUGAAGCGCCAGCAAACUCGAGUCGAUGUGUUGACAGAGAGAGGGACUGAAGCGGGCUCGACAACGAAUUCGGAAUUUCGAAGCUCGAAUGCGGCCGGGCAAGACUCGGACACGGAUCGGAGGAAGCGAGCGAAGUGGGGGCGAGAAAAGACAACGUUGGACUUGACCAAUGGAGACGAGAGGAAAGAAUUGCAAGACGUGUUGAAGAUGUCAGGAUCCAGAGUCGGAUGCAUGGCAGACGUCUCAGUGGAAAGCAGAGAAAAGGGUGAGGUUUGUUUGAAGUUGCAAUGA